AUGCCUCGCAUCAUUGUUUCGAUAGGUGGUGGCCACCUUACUGACAUUCACAAGGCCAUCUUGCAGAUCAAGGAUGCGCUACUUGAGGCUUUCGUCAACACUGAAGUAGUACUUGUCGAUUUAGACAAGUCUCUGAAAAAGGGUCCACUGACGCACACAGACCAAGACUAUGACUUCAAACAAGUUUCAGCGCGUCUCUGUAGUGCACAAGACCCCAAUGUAUGGGAGGCAGUCCUGGUGUGUGGUGCUUACGCGUUGUUCGACCCCACGAUCAAUGAGCUCUGUCAUCUGAAGGUAUUUCUUGACAGCGACGGCGACCGCCGGCUCAUUGACCUUAUUAAUCGCCGUAGCGCCAAAACUCCCGAGCUUCUGGCUGCCUUGAUUAAGGACUAUAUGGAAAACCUGCGGCCCGAGAUGCACAAGUACAUCGAGCCGACCAAAGCGCACGCGGACCUCAUCAUCCCCAACAGCAGCGAAAACGUUGGGCCCGCCAUCAUUGUGGACAGUAUUGUUAAGAUUGUCGAGGAUAGCAAGGGCGGGAUUGUGCGCCCGAGGAAACUGUUCCCACAUCUUGACUUCCAGGCUGAGUCCCUGGACAUCGAGAAAGAGAAGUACUACGAUCUUAGCUGA